GCCGUUUCCCUCCCUCCUCUGUUUCGCGCCACAUCUGAUCUGAUCCGAUCCGAUCCAGUCGCCGAAACCCUCGCUCUCGCUCUCGCAAUGGCCGCCGCCGCCGCCGCCGCCAUCGUCCUGUGCGAGGACGACCGGGGGAUUCCUCGAUCUCUCACCCUCCUCGCGGCGCUCGUAGAGGAGGAUUCCCGCCUCAACGCCGCCGCCGCCUCCCAACCAGCCGGGAGCGAUCUCGUCCGCGCCUUCCGCGGGCGAUCGGCUCCCAAGCUUCCGAUUCGCGAAUUCCUCGAGCGCAUCUAUCUUCUGGUUCGGUCGGAGGCCGCCACCGGGCACGUGAUCCGCGUCGACGGGACGUGUUUCGUGCUCGCUGGCGUUUAUCUGACGCGAUUCAUCGGCAGCCACGCGGCGCGGGUGGCCGGGAUCGUGGUGGAGCCGUCCACCGCGCACCGGCUGGUGGCCGUCGCGCUGUUACUCGGCGGCCACUCCCCCAAGAACUGGCCCGCCACGUUCGAGGCGGCCUCAGACCGCGCGAUCGGCACCGGCGAGAUCGCGGGCCUAGAGGAGCGGUUCUUGCGCGCGAUCAGCUCCCGCUUGUUCGUGGACAGCCACGAGUUUAAGUGCUUCUGCGGGGUCCUGGAGAAGGUGCCCCUGCUGCCGCGCGGGAGCUGCGCUAGCAGGAAGAGGCGGGCGGACGCCGUGGCCGGAGACGAGGAGGAGGAGCACCGCCGCGUCCGCGCUUGCCUGCCACCACCCGCCGUGAUGUCCAAUUAGAUUCGAAACUGAAAUUUUUAACGAAUUCAAUUCAGUCGAUUCUUGUUGUUUUUGCUGCUUCGUUGCUUUACUUGGUCUGUCUUGAUUUUGCUGUAGGCACAGGGCUUUGAGAAGAAGACGGUGCCAUCUCGUGGCUGGAGGCUGGGGGGCACAGUCCACAAGGUGAAUUUUUGGCCAGCUGCUCGUCGCCAGGGCCUGAAGUGGAGUUCUCGUUGCUCGUCGCCAGGGCCUGUCAAAGAGCCGAUGUGAGUCCAAAAGGUGUCUUCGUUUCAGUCUCCAUUCAAUUCAAUUUUGGAUUUUUCUUGUUUUGGUUGCUUCUUCUACUUUGUCUUCAUUUUUCUGUAGGCAGAGAGGGCUGUGAGCAGAAGAUGGUGCUGGUGCUGUAGGCAGAGGGCUGUGAGCAGAAGAUGGUGAAUGCUCAUGGCCGGAGGCUAAAGUGCAGUCCACAAGGUGUGGCGAGUCCAUUGGAGUCAAGAGUCCAAGAGGUGCUUCCUUUCCAUCCGCCGCUCGUUGCUAGAGCCUGAAGUGGAGACAAGUAGUCCACAAAUCUCAAAGCGGAGUCAAAUAGUCCUCAAAUCUUAUUUGUUUUUGGUUAGGAGUUAGGAUUCUGUAAACGCAAGCACCAAUGGAAUCGAUGCUGUGCUGCCGUGAUCUGAAUUAAUGUAACGCAAAACUCUGAUUGUUUGGUUAUUAUUACUAAUGGAAAGGGAAACAUUGGUCAA